GCCCUGAAUUAAUUAACGUACAGGUGCUAUAAAAUACAAAUUAUAAAAAAGUGCAAUUUGUCGCCGUGCAACAGGCAGUGAAAAAAAAACGUCUCGAAGUUCUUGUCGCGCGUGAGAGAAAAGAAACUGCAGAGUGCUCGACGAGUGCUAGGGAAAAAUCGGGACAUGUCUCACAUUCAUCGGCGAAGAAACCUUCCUCGUGAUUUGCGCAACUCGCAGGCCUGGAAUAAAGAGCUUUAAAAUAAAAACACUUGCGUAACAUGUAUGCACAAGACUGAGUCUAUUUUUGAACUGAAUUUUUAACAAAAUGGACAAAGGAAACGCAGCCGGUUUUUGCGACAACGCCACUCCGCAAGAAUGCUGGGAGGUCUACAAGAAAGUAAUGGAAGAAACGAAAACUUUGGACGAUUAUCUUGACGAAGAAUGUAGUCCACGAAGUUAUGACGAAGGUGAAGAGGAAGCAGAGUGGCUGAGAGCAGCGGGUUUGGGAGAAUUAACUGAGCCCUGGAAAGCUGGGAGGGAAGUUCAGCCUGAGGAAUUGGGAGAUGCUUUGCGUCCCUUGUCUCGAGCUCAAGCAGAAGCCGUCAAAAGACGAGUGCGAUCGCUUAAUCACACUGUGAAGCAGCGCUUCAAUCAGAGGCAACGCGUUCGGAAACCGGAUAUCAGGGAUGUGUUCAAAGAUGCAGAGGUUUCAAGUACAGGGACACGGUCUCGAAGCGCUACUCCUGAUUCCUUGGAUUCGAUUUCAGGAGAAACUCCAGAGGGAACUUCUCCUCCAAAUGUUGGCGUUAUGGACUCUCACCACGAAAACGCAAACGUUCCGAGCUUUGUGUCCAUUUUUCAUCGAAACCUUAAUGAUGGCAAGGACGGUAUUCGUAGAAAUACGCCCAUUACAGUUGCACCAAUUGUUGCACCAGCUCCUCUACCGAUUCAAGAAAUAUUCCGAAGAACCGGUCAUUGGGCUCAACGGGGAGACGUUGCCAGUGAUUCAGAAGGUAUUCAGUUGACAGCUUAUCAAAGGCUUGGGACGAUUCAUAUACCCAGAUCUGUCAUGCCGAGGCGAAGCGGUAGCGAUCUUGGCGAAGUUCCUAGGGUAGAUUCUACACCUACUGAAUCAUUGUCAGUUCCCAAGGAAUCUACACUGAAGAGAAGUUCAGGCGGUCACGCGACAGUUACCCGAAGUCACAGCAGUCUGUAUGGAUUGUCGAGACCGAGUCGAGACGAAGGAGUCGUCGCGAGACCCCUAAAUCGCACAUCAUCACAUGGCCACCUCAGUUUUGAAGAAAUGUGCAAAGCAAAUGAGGCCAAGUCGCAAGUUUGGUCGGAAAGUGUCCUCGCGCCGAAUGAAAAUUACGAUGGACAAGGAGUUGAGUUGUUAUCACAACGAGAAUUUACGAGAUUAAAACCUCUGCUUUGGCUUGAAUUGACUGCUGUAUAUGACAAGUACAAUGUCCCACUCACCAAGAGAAAACCCAACAAGCGUAGAAGAAAAGCUGGUAAUCUUUUUGGAGUUUCCUUGUCGACUUUACUGUUGCGGGACAACCAAGUGACGAGUGAGGAAAGUAAUAUUCCAUUAGUUUUUCAAAAAAUUCUAUCGGAACUGACGAAACGGGGAGUUAGGGAAGAAGGCAUUCUUCGCGUUGGUGGCCAUAAACAAAAAGUUGAAACUUUGUGUUCAGAGUUGGAAAACGACUUCUAUUGCAAACCAAAAGAAAUGGAUAGUCUUUUCAGGAGAACGCCGUGCCAUGACUUAUCGGUCGUCCUGAAGAAACUUCUUCGGGAUUUGCCUCAGCCUCUUCUUACUGUAGAACUAAUAGAUGCAUUUUAUCAGAGCCAUGGCGUCAAAAAUCCCAAUGAUCUUGGGUUAUCACUGAACCUCCUGGUGCUACUUUUACCCGUGGAAUACCGCUGCACCCUAAAAGCCCUGCUGACAUUCUUGAAGCUCGUAAUCGAGAAUCAAAGUUCGAAUAAAAUGUCUAUCCACAAUGUGGCUAUGAUCGUAGCCCCCUCGCUUUUUCCACCACGCUACAUUUAUCCUCGAGAUCGUACCGAUUUGUGUGCACAAGUCAACAUGGCUGCAGUUUGCUGUCAGGUGACAGAAGCUCUCCUAAAUAAUGUCGAUAGAUUAUGGUACGUCCCGAACGAUUUGAUAAGACAGCUUCGAAGAACAGAGGAGGAUCGGUAUCGUAAGUACAAGAAGAAGUUUUAGGAAAUCGACCGAAACAGUCUCUCCUUCUUCGCUCAAACUGUAUACAAUUUUAAUACCACGACAAUAAUUAAUUAAGUGCUCUUACUGGUGCCUUCCUGCCUUUCGAAACUAAUUUUAAAACUUUAUAGAGCAAAAAAAAGAGAGGAAAUUGUUCGAAGGGUGUCUACCUGACUGGAAAGCCGAAAAAAUGCCGGACAUUUUUUUUUUAUUGGGAAUUUGAUUCAGGGGAUGGGAUUUUUUACGUCGAUUGUAAUAAAAUUAAAAGGAUUUAGAUAAGUUAUUACUUAGAUUGCUCAGUCACGAAAGGAUCAAUUAAAAAUAUUUUAUUUUCGAUAGAGACGAUAAUAUAUGUGAUCCUUUUUUUUGUUUUGUUAAAAUUUUUAACGAAUUUGAACUGUUGAA